UCAGUGAUCUGGUGCAGCAUGCAUCAUGGGGGCGGAGAAGGCCCAGGGGUACAAGUGGCAACCAGGUUCUUCAGUACCCUGGAGACUGAACUGCAGUUGAAAGCUUAGCUUAGUCUUCGUAGGGGCAUUCAGUCCAGACUUGCCAACAAACAUCUUAGCGCAAAUUGGGUAGGCUCCUUCUGUGAGCAGGUUUAGAUGGGCAACCACCAUCUCCGUGCACUUUGUGAAGAGCACAAAGAGUACAGGUACACUUUCCAAUGGGUGAAAGGGAUGACUCUCUCUUUUGAGAGUCAUCUCUGUGGUGACAGGGUUCAUCUCAAUGACGAAGCAAUAAAUGGGCCACUGUUUCAUGGAAAUGAGACACAAGGUCAGCAUGGAAUAUAUGCGCCUCAACAGUGCAUAGAUUUCAUGCUGACUGGUUGUGAAAUGACCAUGGGCUGUUGGACCAUUGCUCAGUCAUCUUCAGUGAAUAUCAUCUCCCGAAGUUUCACUUGCUGCAGCUAAUUUUUUCACAAAAGAAAUUUAGUGUUUAUAUUUAAUAUUAUUUAUAUUGUAUUUCUUAAUUGCGAGAGGGCAAAUGAUUUCAAUAAUUUCAGAUAUUUGCGUUGACAAUAUAUCUCAUUUCACUUAUUUUGUGUCAACCCCUUGUAUUUAUGUGCUUUUCAAAAUUCACAUUAUUUGAGUUUGUAGUAAUUUUCUAUUAUAAAAACCCAG